AUGAAGUUGUUUCCAAACUUAUCUCUAGUGUUCUUGGUGUCAAUCUCAAGCUUCAAUUUUGCCAGUUCCGAAUUGGACUGCGCUGCCUUGGAUGAAUUGGAAUCAUGUUUUCUACCCAGAGAUAACUUGACGGUUGCCACCGGACAGUUUAUCUGCCGCGAACGGUGGAACGCUGCCUGGGGUGGCGUCUACGAACAGCCCCUCUGUGUUCCAUCGGGCACUGGAAGAGACGACGAUACCUGCAAGUGCUGUAAUGGUGCUUGUCCGGUCCCUUGCUUUGAGUUGUGCUACAUCGACCGGGACAGGAACGACCGAGGAGUCUUUGUCUACGAUUGGUGGGUGUGGAUCCCUCGUCGGCGUUGCGAAACCAAGGGCAAGUCAUUGCAACUCAAGCAACAGAACCCAGCACGAUGGUCCUGUAUUCCUCCCGAGGGACUAUUCGUCAACCUAUUCAGCUUUAGGAAUGACGAUCACAGCGUUGCUCGAUUCAAUUGGUUCGAUUGA